CUCCCUCUCUCUCUCUCUCUCCCUCUCCCCCCCCCCUUUCUCUGCCAACCCUAGUCCUCUAGUCCCCAAACUCCCAGUACCUGCUUCUUCUGGGGAUACCAUGUUGUUCUUCACUCUCCUGCUGGAGGUGAUUUGGAUCCUGGCUGCCGAAGGGGGUCAACACUGGACAUAUGAGGGCCCACAUGGUCAAGACCACUGGCCAGCCUCUUACCCUGAGUGUGGAAGCAAUGCCCAAUCCCCCAUCAAUAUCCAGACAGACAGUGUGACUUUUGACCCUGAGUUGCCCGCUCUGCAGCCCCAUGGAUAUGACCAGCCUAGCACUGAGCCUUUGGACCUGCACAACAAUGGCCACACAGUGCAACUCUCUCUGCCCCCUACCAUGUAUCUGGAAGGACUUCCUCGAAAAUAUGUAGCUGCCCAGCUCCACCUGCACUGGGGUGAGACAGGGUCCCUGGGCGGAUCAGAGCACCAGAUCAACAGUGAAGCCACAGCUGCGGAGCUCCACAUUGUACAUUAUGAUUCUGAUUCCUAUGACAGCUUGAGUGAGGCCGCUCCAAAGCCUCAGGGCCUGGCUGUCUUGGGCAUCCUCAUUGAGGUGGGUGAGACCAAGAAUCCAGUUUAUGAACACAUCCUGAGUCACUUGCAUGAAAUUAGGCAUAAAGAUCAGAAGACUUCAGUGCCUCCCUUCAACGUGGGAGAGCUGCUCCCCCCACAGCUGGACCAGUUCUUCCGCUACAAUGGCUCGCUCACCACACCCCCCUGCUACCAGAGUGUGCUCUGGACAGUCUUCCGUCGAAGGGCUCAGAUUUCGAUGGGACAGCUGGAAGAGCUUCAGGAGACGUUGUUCUCCACAGAAGAGGAGCCCUCUAAGCUCCUGGUACGGAACUACCGAGCCCCCCAGCCUCUCAAUCAGCGAACAGUCUUUGCUUCUUUCAUCCAAGCGAGAUCCUCGUAUACUACAGGUGAAAUGCUGAGUUUAGGAGUGGGGAUCUUGGUUGGCUGUCUUUGUCUUCUACUGGCUGUUUAUUUCAUCGCUAGGAAGAUUCGGAAGAAGAGGCUAGGAAACCGGAAAAGCGUGGUCUUCACCUCAGCACGAGCCACAGAGGCAUAGACUCCCUCACCGACAUCAUGGAUGCCUUCCCCUCAUGCCAAUCAGGGAGCUUCUAAAAUGAGCUGCAGGGACUGGCCAGAAAAUACUGUAGGAGUAGUGGGCAGACACCCCUCCUUCCUCCAGACAGCCCCUACAGAGAGGCACGGACAGGCUCUUGUUCGUGGAAUAAGAGCAGAUAGCCUUCGACCUCUCAAAACCUAUAGAUCAGGACAACCCUAUGUUGACAAUGCAGACAGCAAACUGUGUUUAGUUGUAGGGGAAGUUGGGGAUGUAACCCCCAAAGUCCUCCACCCCCUUACCUUUAUGCCCUUUUCCCUAGAUAUAGGGCAGGACCUCCCCUUAGGAAAAAGACUUGUUGCUGUUGGGGUUAUAUUUUUUUGCUCAAUAUACCUGGAAAUUAAAGUUUCUAAUCCCACCUCUGGUCUUCCUUUGGGGCUCUUGAGAGUGGGGGAGUUCCUUAAUCUCUCAGGAGGCAGAGGUGGGCAAAGGACAGGGGGAAAGAAGCAUGGGUGAAUAACUCUUUUUACCCCAGUCCUGCAAGGGGAGAUCCGCCUCUGGAAAAUACUUAAUCCAAAGUUCCUGACAUGUGAGACCAUGAGCCCAGAUUUCUGUCCUUGUACCAAAGCUAUGCUGAAGGGGAUCAGAGGUUGCCAGAUAAGGAGGUUGGAUAAGAGAUGUGGGAGGACAGAAAUCUCGAUUAAUAUGUUAUCCCCUCCCUUAAAAGCCAAGUUCCCCCACAAUUAUAAAGUCCUUUUUAUUAGUCAA